AUGCCCACCCCAGGGUAUGUCUUCCGCGAUGGCGGCGACACGCCAGCGGAGGAGAAGCCUGAUCCAGAGUUUCGCCAGCCGAACACCCAAGCACCAAAACCUCCCGCAGUGACCGCCAACGCUCCCCUGGCCCAGAACACCACCACAAGUCACCAAUUGGCGACGGGAGCGACGGGAGACCAUGAGGUCCAGGGCGCAGUUCAGAGGGCCGGAUGGCAAGCCAACGCUGUGGGUGUAGAUAACUUGGUCGGAGGCCUUCCCAACGACGAGCUGUGGACGCUCAUACGCAGAUUCAAUAAGGCAAGUAUUCUAGGCUGCGAAUGCUUCGAAUCUUCCCCAGUUGAGACGAACACUUACUGA